AUGGAUGUUAUUAAUGUUAAUAUUCAUGUUCUUAUGGUUGCAUAUUUUUUGAAGAAAAUAAUAUUUUUAAAGCUUGUGAUAUUACUUAAUUUACAUUAGAUUAAUAAAGUGCAAAAUGUGUAUUUUAAAAUAAUGAUUUAAUAAUCAAAGAAGAAGAAGAAAUAGUAGAUAAUGAAUUUAAAGAUAAAAAUGAAAUUUGUGAUGAUGGUAAUCUUUUUCAUAUUUUAAUGUUUAAAAUUCAUUUAAAUGUAAAGGUUUUGUAAAAUGAAAUAAGUUUUUGUUCAUUCAUUAAAGCACCUCAAAUUAAAUUAUAGUUAUUAUCUGAUAAGUAAAAUUAAACAUAAACUAUAGAUAUAAGNAAUAAAAAAUGCCAUUAAAUAAGCUGUAACUCCAAAAUAUAAUUAUUAUUUAGAAUAUUGUUCAAUCUAUGUUUAAAAUUAUUGUAUUAAGUGUGAAAAUUAUGCAUAUUUUGAUAAAGUAGAAGGAAGAUUUAAAUAAAUAUAGAAUGUUCCUUGUCAAAUUUAGAUUCUAAUAUAUGUAUUAAAUGUCAGAAAGGAUAUUAUUUAGACGGAUAAAAUAAUUGUAAAUGUAAAUGUGGUGAUGGCAUAAACACAUCUGAAGAGUAAUGUGAAAUAAAGGAUUAUAAUUGUUUAAAUUGCUAUUAUGCUUAACCAUAGUUUUGUAAGCAUUAUCAUAAUAAUAUAUGUCUUUAAUGUAAAAUUGAUUAUUAUUACAAUUAAAUUACUUAAACUUGUAAAUCUAUAUGUGGUGAAGGAAUAAUUAAUAAUGAUGAAUAGUGUGAAGAUAAUAAUCAAAUUGAAUUUGAUGGAUGUUAUUAAUGUAAAUAUUAGUGUAAUAAAAAUUGUAUUGAUUGUUAAAAAGGUGUAUGUAUAUAAUGCUAAUAAACUUAUUUAUUAAUAAAUGGAUUAUGUAUAGAAUUGAUAUAACAAAGAUAAAUAUGUUUAAAUAAUAAAUAUUGUUUAGAUUAAGAAUAAAUUGUUUCGAUUAUAAAAAUUAAUAAUGGUGUAAUUAAUAUCAUGGAUAUUAUUAUUAUAUCUAUUUACAUGAGUGUGUUAGUAUCUGUGGUGAUAGAAUGAUUACUUAAAAUGAAGAAUGUGAUGAUUAAAAUAAUUUUGAAAAUGAUGGAUGUUUUAAUUGUAAAUGUAAAUGUCAGAAGAAUAGUUUAAUAUGUUAAUUUGGAUAAUGUUUAGAAUGUGAAUUAGCAUAUAAAAUUUAAUCAUUUUAAUGUGUUCCAUAAUGUGGUAAUUAAUUAAUCUAAGAUAAUGAGAUUUGUGAUGAUGAUAAUAAUAUUAAUUUUGAUGGAUAUUACUUCAGAUUUUGAAGAUUAAGAUCGUUGAAACAAUAUUCAAUUUGAUGGAUGUUAUUAAUGUUAAUAUUCAUGUUCUUAUGGUUGCAUAUUUUUUGAAGAAAAUAAUAUUUUUAAAGCUUGUGAUAUUACUUAAUUUACAUUAGAUUAAUAAAGUGCAAAAUGUGUAUUUUAAAAUAAUGAUUUAAUAAUCAAAGAAGAAGAAGAAAUAGUAGAUAAUGAAUUUAAAGAUAAAAAUGAAAUUUGUGAUGAUGGUAAUCUUUUUCAUAUUUUAAUGUUUAAAAUUCAUUUAAAUGUAAAGGUUUUGUAAAAUGAAAUAAGUUUUUGUUCAUUCAUUAAAGCACCUCAAAUUAAAUUAUAGUUAUUAUCUGAUAAGUAAAAUUAAACAUAAACUAUAGAUAUAAGUUUUACUCAAUAAAUUAAAUUAGGUUCUUAAUUGUAAAUUUCAUAGAUUCGAUUUAGAUAAUAUCAAUUUCCUCCACAUUUAAGACCAUUUUUAGAUACAUAUACAAAAAUUUCUUUACAAACCUAUAAUAUAAUUAUGA